AUGGAACUAUCAUUGCUACAUUCGCUGCCGUUAACAGAUAAAACAAAAAGCGUAAAAACAUCAUACAUAACCUUAGUCAGCGGCACCAAGCUGCUGAUCAUCGGGGAAUACUCCUACUCCGUCAGGGGCCGCAUCCGCGACCAGGGCUUCAGGUUCAAGUGCUCCAGCUACCUCAGCAAAGGCUGCAAAGCCUUCGCUCACGUGACCAAGGAUGACGUCAUUUUAAAGGCCAACACGCUUCAUAAUCAUCCACCUUCGAGCGGCCCCGUCCACGAUGGCUUCAGAUACACAUGUUCCAAUAGACUUAUUAAAAAGUGCAAAGCUCAUGCUCAUGUUACUAAGGACGAUGUCAUUAAAAAGGCGGAUUUAAAUCAUAAUCAUGCGCCCGUCAAAUAUGUGCAAACGAAUGCUGCCUCUUACAUAACGACCACGCGGGGUACCAGACUUCUCUACAUCAACGAGUAUACUUUCUGCAAGAACGGUAACUCAGCGAGUGGUAUUCGAUACACCUGCUCAAGCCGGCUCAGCAAGGAAUGCAACGCUUAUGCUUAUGUAGAUAAAAAUGAAAUCAUAUACAAAUCUUACUUGGAACAUAAUCAUCCGCCGACGAAGUAUUUAAAAAUGAGCCCGGGGUAUUACGUUGCUUACAAAUACGUCAUACAUAACGUUAACAAGACAAAACUGCUAAUGAUCAAUAACUUUUCGUACUUCCUCAGCGGGCCUAUUCGUGACGGGGGCGCCAGGUACACGUGUUCAAGCUACUUGAGUAGACGGUGCAAAGCGUUUGCGCAUGUCAGUAAAGACGACGUUAUUAUGAAGUUUAAUACUGAGCAUAAUCACCCGCCCACCCAAUAUACAGAAACAGCUUCAGGCCUUUACAUUAAAGUUUUACAUUAAUUGAUCGUUUGAGUCAGGGUUUCUUAAA